AUGGUGACUCAGAGCCUGUGCAUGGGUUUUGAAAGGAAGGUGACCAUCACCUUCUGUGAUCUGAAUACCUUCUUGCUUCAGCUAGCCUGUAAAGUAGCUAUUCCACUUGCUGCUAUGUCCACACCGCUGGAAGACGCUAUGGACACCUUGAUCAGGAUCUUUCAUCAUUACUCUGGCAAAGAAGGAGACAGAUACAAGCUCAAUAAAGGAGAACUCAAAGAGCUCCUCACCAGUGAGCUCACUGACUUCCUUUCAGGCCAAAAGGAUCCCCAUCUGAUUGAUAAGAUUAUGAAAGAUCUGGACUCCAAUAAAGACAAUGAAGUGGAUUUUAAUGAAUUUGUGAUGCUGGUUGCUGCCUUGACUGUGGCAUGCAAUGAUUUUUUUGAAGAACAGCUAAAAAAGAGGACAUUUAGAAAUGCUCAGUAGAAUCAAUCUCCCAGCCACAAAUCUAAUUGAAACAUGCCUAGUUAGGUAGCACACAUCAGCGUUUUGUGAAUGCAAACCAUCAUCUGUCAAACUGUUCCUGCUGUAAAAUCCAUACGGAUCAGAUCAGCAGCUGGUGUAAGCUGGACAAAAGCCAGCUUAUCUCUCACUAUUUGAGAUCUGGCUUUUAAUACUUCCAGUCUUUUGCUUCUGCCUCUGUAACACGCAUUCAUCAGUUCCCCAAAUCAAGGGCUUGGGUGACAGAUCGUUUGAGAGGUGUCCUGUGUUAAGCCUUACGGUAUUUUGAUAUUGGUGUGAAGUAAAAGGAACAGGAAUGUUACUUACAUACAUUCUGAAUGGGAAAAUUUGGAAAGAAACAAAACUCUCAGUUUGUUUUUCAAUCCUUCUGUAACAAACUAAUGUUUUUGCAGAUCCAAAAGAACUGUUUGUUUUUUAAUCAGCUCUGCUUAUUCUAGGCCCCUUUUUAGACACUGCUCCUUGUCUCCCCACACUCUCAUAUUUCAGAUACAGUCACAACCACCUCCUGCCUGCCUGAGCAGACUUACCAUUUGCCAUUGUUAUGGGUUCAUUUUCCCCACAUCCCCCAGCUUUAAUUGGGCUGUGUUUGCGUUGCUGCAUCCCAAUAGUCCAUCCCUUCACUCAGCAUAAAUGAAUUUAUUCAUAUGACAAAUUAUUCAAAAACAGAGGAUUGAGUCAGCGAACUGGUCUGAGGGCUGAUGGAAGAACUAGGUCUUUAGGAGAGAUGUAAAUGCCUUUUGUUUGCACUAUUCUGGCACCCUUAAGAGAAGGACUCUUAGAGGACAAAUUGUGGGGGUUUUAAUGACAGCAUCUCAGUGUACAGCUUUAUAAUGUGAGUCAUCAUAUGUAACAAUGAUGUCAUCUCAUGCUGAUCCAACUCACUGCGUGGUCAAAACUAUUGCUGAGUGCAAUGCAAAGGGAGCAGUGGGACCCCAUGGCCAGGCAUGGAGUAAGUAGGACAGCCCCUUUCAGUGUUAACCUGCCCUUGGAUUGAAUGAUGAAUACUUGCAGACCAAAUCCUCAGGGGAAGGGCAUCGGGUGAUGGGGCACAUGGCUUUUUUCUCUCACAGAGCUCUGUCAUUGUUCACUGUUGUUUUGUUGGUAACUUCAAACUAUAAUAA